GGGUCUGAGUUGGGGGGAUGUGCGCUGAGAGAAGGCGGAUCUCCGAUGCACCAAUCCGCGGCGUUCCUCUCGUCGUUUAAAGAGCUCUUUGUGUCAAUCACGCGUUUUUUUCAUCGCCAUAUUGGGUGCCGUAAAGCCUCGCCUUGUUAUUUCUCUUCCCCUAUUUUACUACGACGCGCAGUUGACAGGAGCGGCCGUCGCGAGCGCUGCGUUUGUUUUGAUGAUCGUCGCGCGUCUGUGUUUUUCGCUCAUGCGGCGAGUUUGCAUUUACGCCCGUCGCUUUGGAUCGCGUUAACGCAGGAGGGGACGCUCUGUAACAGCUGCUGGGUUUGUGUUUUCGACUUGAACGCCGUAAAAUGUCCAACGUGCGCUUGUCUAACGGCAGCCCGACGCUGGAGCGGAUGGAGGCGCGACUGUCAGACCAGCCCAAGCCGUCGGCGUGUCGGAACCUGUUCGGUCCGGUGGAUCAUGAAGAGCUAAAGAAAGACUUCCAGCGGCAGCUGAAGGUGAUGGAGGACGCGUCGUCUGACGCGUGGAGCUUCGACUUCUCCACGCACACGCCGCGCACCGACGGCAGAUACCGGUGGGAAGCGCUGGACAUGCGCUCGGUGCCCGGUUUCUACAGCAGGUCGGAGCGGGGCAAGGGCUCCGAUCUUCACAUUUGCUCCUCUGGGAAUAACGACAAUAAAGUGGAUGUUAACGGCAAUCACGACUGUCGGGUAACGGAGCAGAGCGCGGAGACGCCCGAAAAAGACCGAGAGCAGAGGAAAAGAAGCUCCUGUCUCGACUCGUUGCGUCAAAGCAAACGCUCGCACAUCUGCGUGGAUGAAGUGACCCGGACGCCCAGAAAGCCCCAAAAACCCAGAAAACACCCCAGCCCGACUCCCACAUAAACCCCAUGAGGUGAGCACA